AUGUCCCCUCUCGUGGACUGGCUGGUCGAGCAUGAGCCUUCAUUUCGCAAAUCCCGUCUCCCAUCUCUGUACUCCGAUCUGACCGUGCAAAAAACCUCAAAUCCAGAAGGCUAUGCUGCGAAUGUGACGGCGUGGGAAGCGGCUCUGAUACGCGCCUCGCUGGCCGGUCAGCUCCCCGUUGAACAGCGCUUGAUCCUCCAGACCUCCGAUGCCUUACUCGACGCGCUCGCCAGUCCCCAGUACGGUCGACCCUUUGGGCUCGGUUGCGUACUUGACGAAUGCGUGCGGCGGGGGAAAAUGAUCGACCUCUCAGAUUUCCUCACCAGCGACAAGAGUAUCUACGAUCGUGCUUGGUUUCCCAGCCCGUGGGCGAUUCUACGCUGGAGUCUGCGCCAGAUCGGGGUCAUGGAGAGUGGGUGCUACAAUGUCGACGGACGGCUGAAGAGAGGGAAUCUCGUUCUUGUGCCUGCGUUGGAGGAAGUGUGGAAACAAUUGCAACAACGGAGGGAAACAAGAUCGCCGAGUCUUCCUGAGCGGAUCACGAGUCGCGAGUUGUUUCUUCAGGAGAUUAACAAUCUGCGACUGGGCCCCUUCUCAGCGCAAGACAUACCUAUUCUUCUACGAUUUUUAUCACGCGAUAAACAAGUGCUCAGCUACGACGACACGACCAUAAAAUUCAAGUCUCCCACAUCAUCAACUCCGGAGCCCGUCACGCCGGAAGACCGCACCAUUGCUUCCCUCAAGACUCUGGUAUCCAAUCUUACAGCUCAAACCACUACUCUCUCCUCCCGCAUCACAACGCUGCAGGCUACAGCGCAGAUGGCGGUCAAGGCCGGCAACAAGACCGCGGCGCUCGCGGCUCUCCGGUCCAAGAAACUCACAGAACGCACCUUCCAAUCUCGCAUGGACACGCUGCAUCAGCUAGAAGAAGUAUACGCGAAGAUUGAAACCGCAGUCGACCAGGUCGAGGAAGUCGCGGCAAUGGAAGCAAGUGCCGGCGUCCUGAAGACACUGAACACGAAAGUCGGCGGCGUCGAGCGCGUCGAGGAUGUCAUUGACACCCUGCGCACGGAGAUGGGCAAAGUUGACGACGUCGGUGGCGUGCUUACGGAGCCUCUAGACGCCAAAGUCGCACUGGACGACAAUGAAGUUGAUGAGGAAUUCGAGGCUAUGGAGCGCGAGGAAAGAUUGAAGAAGGAGGCCCACGAGGCAGAAGUCACGAGGCGGAGGAUCGCGGAACUGGAGAAGGUAAAGGCGCAAGCAGAUACGGAUCAUGGGCAAGCGCAGCAAAAAUCUCUGGAUGAGGAAUUGUCCACGAGUAUUGAGAAACUGCAGAGACUGGAUAUUAAGGGUCAGCAACCCGAACGAGAAAGAGAUAGAAUUGCCGAAGGAACGGCUUAG